CUACGCCACAGCUUGCGGCAAUACCGGAUUCUUAACCCACUGAGCAAGGCCAGGGAUCAAACCUGCAUCCUCACAGACACUAUGUUGGUUUCUUAACCUGCUGAGCCACAAUGGGAACACCCUGACAUGUUUUUAUAAGUUGCAAAUAUGUCAGCAUGGAUCCUCUUGCUUUAUAUUUGCUAAAGGCUUUUAAGAAGUCACUAAAGAGAACAGAGAACAAAACAGUAUCUCAAAAUACUUAGAAGAGAAAAACUGUGAUCAUGAAAUUUAUCCUGAGUGAUUCUCUAAUAACUCUCUUACUGUUAACUCAUUUGUCCAUUUAGCCUUGAGAGAUACUUCAUUUGGCUUCCAUAGUGCUUGCAAAACUAAGGAUUUUUAUAUCAGAACACUAGAUAUCAUGCUUGUCCUGAAAAUUAUACACAACACUUGGCAACACUGCCCUGAGCUGUAUAGCAUCUGCCCCUUACAUGAUGAGUGUUCUUUUCUCUUUACCAUAAUCCUAUUCUUUUUUGUUUUUAAACUCCAUAGAGACUUGAGUUUACAAUUUCUGCUCUAGAACCUUUGUUGGGGCACAUUGCAAUGCCAAGGCAUGUGUCACUGGGGAAGGCCUAGAGAAAAGGUGGCUAUCACAGUUGUCAAGUCAAAUUAUUCAUGUUCAAAGAGAGCUUUGUGGAAAUGACCUGAAGAUAAAAAAGGGUUUUCAUAUAAUUCAUUACCAACAAGAGAGAGAGUCUGAUCGAUUGACUUAUGGGUAGAAAUGGUGCAAAGAAGCAUUAAAAAAAUCAAAAUUAAAACCCUAAACCAAGCCAAGAAAAGACAGCAGGAAAAAAACCCCUGAACUCCUCACCUACUGCCCCCCCCCAAAAGAAAGAAGUACAACCUUAUGAUGUAAAAUAUGAGAACUGAUGGCAGAGAUACCAAAGAAUCUGCUGAUGUGUGGCGUCUAGAACCCUCCACCCUCCCCUGUAAGACAUACUGAGGAAAAAGAUGAUCAGACCAAAUCCUGAGGAUUUUCACAGAUGUCCUCCAGUUGGGAAAGAAUUCAGCAGCAUCCCUGUGAAACAUCAGGAAACCCUUACAUACCACUGUUGGAUCUUGCCCAAAGCAGGAAAGUUUGCCACCUCCUGCAGUACUGGGCUGAACUGGGCAAAUGAAAAUGAAGCUUCUAGGCAUGGAAUAUUCCCUUGGUGGCUUGAAGAUGGGGUGGUGAGGACUUAAAGGAACCCCAGAAAUGACGGCUGACUUCCCCCAGCAAGCUCUCUAUUCAGCCUCAGAGUCCCACAAUCCCCAUCUUCCUAACACCUCAGAUCAUAGAAAACAACACUCAGUCCUAACACUGGAGUUCUGGAUAGGGAAGCCAGACACAUCUCGCAUGAAGAGGAAAGUGCACCCAGAAUUCACUCGCAGUAUAUUAGUGCAAACACAAGUUCUGUUAACUUUUAAGGAUAGCAAGAUAAAAGAUAUGACAAGGCUGUUGCGUAAACACGUUAUAACUUGGGAGAUGCGAGUGGGAGGCAAGGAAAAUAGCACACAGAAGACAGAUGAAGAACCAACUCUGGAAGAAAACAUAACCAAGGAAUAGAAAUUUAUAAUCCUUAUGUGUGUUUCACUCAACAGGAAAAAAAAAAAUCCACAAAACAGUGCAAGGGCAAUAUAAGGUGAGAAUAUGAUGAAAAGGGAAAUUGCAUAGGUAAGAAUAUAGAUUUUCAAAGAAUAUUGAUUUUAAAGUCCAAUAAGCCAGAAAAACCAAUGAACAGAAUCUUUUUUAGAGAACCAGAGUGAAUAUAAAUCAAAAGAUGGAUACAGAAAAUAAAGAUCAAGGAUAAGAAUAACCAGUGACUCUGAAGUAGAAAAUCCAACCAAAGAAAGAUAAAUUUACUCAGAAAUGUAAUAUGAAUGGGAUAUUAUACUAAGAAGAAUGAAAUCUCUAAGUUGAAAGAUCAUAUUUGUAUACUGGGGAAGAUAAAACUGAUAUGGAAUAACUGACACUGAGACAUAGCCUAGGUGAGGAUAUACAGGGUGCUUUAAUGAUAAAAGAAUUUUUCAGGCACCCAAGCAGAAAAAUCAACUCAUCUCCCAUGGAAAAAUCACAUAGGAUUCAGUUCUCUCCACAGAAAUCUAUGAUGUCAAAAAUCGGUGAAGCAAUUGCCUUCUUUUUGCUGUUAGGUUUUGAAGAAAAAUGUAAAUCCAAAAUAUUUACCCUGCUCGUUUUUUUUUUUUUUAAUGUGUAGAGAUAAAAAUCAGAUAAACUAUUAAGGUACUCUAUAAACCUUCCUUAAGAAAAGGACUUGAAAAAGAGGGCAGUCCACCAAGAAAUAAAUAAAAAUAAUUCAGGAACGAUGAACAGUGAAUUCAUUUAAGUAAAGAAUUAAGACUGAACAUCUGGGAAAAUAAGGUGGCGGAGCACUUGUAAAUGUGCUGAGUAUUGUGAAGCCAAGAGUAAUAUAAGCAAUGAAAGUCGGGAGAUUGCAGUGUAGAUGGAUACAACUGUGAGAUGCUGUUAACGUCAUAUUUCAGAGCUAGGGCUCUGUCUAAAACAUGUAUAGCACACUCCUUAUGCCUUUCCAAGUCAUCUUCCUUAAUGUUUAUGAGCCUCUUUUAGGAAUGUGUAUCUUGUAGGGAGGAAAGCAACUGCUGGAGAUGUGCCUGUUUCUUUUUCUUCAAAGACUAUUUUAAAAUUACUCCAAGCAUACACACAGUACGAUUCCUUAACUGUACAAUUCUUUCCGUCUAAUCUUGUUGUGCCUUAGUCUCUCCAGCUGUAAGACCGGGAAGAACAGUGUUUCUCACGGGGGUCGUGAGGAUCACAUGUAUUUACCUGUGAAGUGCUUUGAACGGUGCCUGGCUCACAAUUAGUGGGCACAUUGAAGCUGCCAUGACUUCCACGCGGCACGAAUAGGGGUUUUACGACAGAGCGUGUCUAGAUCUGGACCUUUCAUUCUCCUGGAUUUAUUGUGUUCCCGUCUCUAAGGUUUUUCCUGCCUGAUUGACACCAUAGUCAUCAUUGGGUUUUGAUUGCUCUCACGUCUGAUGUGGCCUCAGUUUCAUGUCACAUCUACCCCUCUGCACUUCAGACUUAGAAAGGUAUUUGCAUAGGCAUCAGCGGAGUUAAUCUUGUGAGUAAACUCUUAACAUCUGCACUUGUUUCCUUCCUUUUCUCUCUGCCCCCGGGCUCCUACACCACAGUGCAGGACUCCCAGCACCUCUGCGGAGUCCUCUCUCCUCUCUGCCUUGGGAGGGGAGAGGGGAAGAGCAUGUGUGACAGUUUUUGAGACACAGUCUGCCUCCCCCCAACUCCCGCCAUCCCCACCCCACCCCCGUUGCAGCAGUCGAAACUAGUCUGAAGCACAGAUACGCAGGGGUUUAGGCACUCCUUCCCCAGGCCGCCUCGCCAGCCCGAAUCUCACCCCACAGUGAUCAAAGUGCAGGAUGUAGUCCCCUUCGCAUUCCCCAUCCACCCACCUGGAGAGAAAUUUCAUCGGAGGCAUUUUUAGGUGUUUCUCUCUCCCCCAUGGGGUGUGUCCUAGAACCGGGAGGGUUCCAUGGCACCCGGUAGGUGAGGGCUUGGCUGCUGGCCUUUGGGAUAGUGGGAAAGUGAAGCCCCGAAGCUCUUGCCCCAGGCCUGGCCUCCCUGCGCGCACCACCCCUCAGCUGUCCUCUAGAGGGAUCUGCUCUGCGUUGGGGACAGAGCUGGGCAGGGUCUCCCUUGUUGGGGGCCAACAGGUCUCCUCUUCCUUUCCAGCCCCAGGGGCAGGGGGGUGGAUGGAGAGUGCCUUUUUUCGGACCCUCUUAUCCGCCCUCACCUUCUCCCGACCCUGAGGUUGGGCAGAAUCUCCUCAUGGAGUAGAGAUGUUUAAGAAAGACAGACUGCUUCUGCCGUCAUCUGGGCUAAACGACAAGGAAUUACAAAGCCUGCACCUGUUUUAAAUGAGCUAGAAAGGAAAACUGUUGGGAGGACAAACAAAGUUACAUUCCAGAGCUGUCCUGCUGCCCUGAUUUGGAGGCUGUAAUGAAGGCAAAACAUCACCCAAACACUGGUCACUAUGGAAAUGAAGAGAAGGAAACAGAUUUGAGAGACAAUAAGCUCGAGGAAUCUGCAGAGCUUAGUCAGUGAGAAAAAUCUAGUGCGCCUCCAGUUUCUGACUUUGGAGCAGCUGGGAAGUGACGAGACGAGGGGACUGACCUAUUAAUAAUAUGGGCCCUUAGGUGGCACCUUCUGGAUGCAGAGCCCAGCUCAGCUCUUGCUGAUUGUGUGACCAUCAGCAAAUUGGCAUCACUUUUAAGCCUCAGUUUGCCCAGAAGUCAGCUGGGCUCAAUGCUUCCUACUCAGAUGGUUGUUCGGGGCGUUAAGUCAAGUCAUUAAAACAAUGGCUGUGACCUGGUGAACAUCCAGUAAAUGUUAGCUAUUUUUACGUAGUGGUGCCAGUAGCUAAAAUUGGUAAUGCCAGUGGAGAGGGCCUGGAGGGCUAGCUUCGCGGAGCCCCUGCUUUAGAACAGGUGACCUUCAGGGGCGCUGAUGGAUAUUUAAGCUGAGAGGUGCAGGAGGUUGGAAGGCUGGGUGGGUCUGGAAUUUGUAGGACCAAAGAGAAAGAUUUGAGUGGCUUAUGACCUCAAGGAGCAUUGGAAACCUUGGGUUGUGACGGAAGUCCUGCCGGGGUUGAGUGAGCUGGUAGAGAGCCAGGUGCCCAGCGCUUGGAGCUGCGCAAACUCCUAGCCACCCUUUGCCAGCAUCUCCUCCCCCCUUCCUCCAAAGGCCCCCGUUGUUGUCAGAUGAAUAGGAAUAUCCUGUCCGCGGCCUCCACUUCUCAGUCGCAGUGACCCAGCUCCUUGAAGGGAGAUUUAGGGUCCAUAACCUACCAGGUAGGGUGGGCUCCUUUCCGCCUGGAAUGAGUCUUUAGGAAAUUAAAAAAAAAAAAAAAAAAAUGUUCCAGGAGGUUGUUGACAAACAGGCCCAGCACAUCAUCCAGCUGGAGGAGUCUCGCUGAAGGCUGAGGCUGGCCUCCCGGUGUCAGGGCUUGCCCAGUCCUUUCCCACUCCAGUCCUUAGAAAUAAAAGUCAGUUUGAAGAAUUUACUUAAGCGAAAUCAGGAGUAGCUCAAAGCGAAUGAGCUGAAACGGGAGGGAAAUCCCUUUGUUCAAUUUGGGUUUCAGUGAAUGCUCAGCAGGCAGCUAAACCAGUUCAUUAACAGAGAGAAAGAUGUGUUCUCAGAAGCUAAUGCCUGGAAAAACAGACUGUGACAACGAAAAUGCAUUCUAGAAAUCCUAACACCCUAGAUUCAGGAAACUUAAUUUUUUGUCAUCACUGAAUAAACACAUCGCUUCCUCCACCCCCACCCCCGCCGCUCCCAAAUAGCUCCCCUUUAUUUAAGACCAUUAACUGUGAUCUGUUUACUGUGCGCCAAUCCUCAUUCCUGGAAAAAUGUGAUUUUUUCUUGCUACGUUGGAGCUCAAAAACAAGUAUAUUUAGAAACUUUUGAUGGUAAAGGGUCAUUUUUAAAAACCAUAAUAAUACUUGGAAAAAAAUAGAAUUGACGUAUGAAAAUCUUUCCCCUCUGGUUUUUGAAAUCUAAAUUUCAGACCUGAAAAACAGUCUGCACGUAGCAUCCUGUCAGACGUAGAUGUGUUCUUUUUUCCCCCGUCUCUGCUCUGCUUUAUGAAAUUGUUGUGUACAGCACAUGGCUUUCCCCCCGGGGCCGUGCAUGCUUUCAGGUUCUCUGUUGCAUUGUUCACGAUUGAAGCAUUAGACUGGUGCUGAGAUGGCAGGUGGAAAAGGCCGGGGGACUUGAUCUCCUCGCUGCCAGAGUUCUCCGCUUUCACUGCGCUGCUUACAUUGAACGGCUUAAGAAUAAGCUCCUGUGUGAGCCCUUGGAGGCCAAGGAGUAUUGUUGAAUUCAGAAAGGAAUCGCUUUCUCUUAGUGAUAAUUUGAAUAUUUUGACAAUGAAGCUAAGCUACUCCGCUGCCUGGUUUGCGUACUUCAUGUCAUGUGCGCCCUUUCGAGUGCAGCAGAAGAGAGAGCCCCCGCCUCUCUGAAUUCAUAAAUCGGUGUUGUCCAUCGGUGAGGUGGGUAGGAGCAAAGAAGAAUCAUCCAGGAGAAUUUUGCUCUCUUGCUUUAAUGUUUUUUUCAAGCUCUUAAAAAAAAAAAAAUUAAUGCAGGCCUUUGGAGACCACCCAAUUAAAGCACCCCGAUAAAUGUUGAGCAUUUGGAGAAGAGAGAUGGACCAUGAAGAUCCUUUGUGCAAUGUUGAUACAUGCAAAGUGAGGAAUAGCAUUUAAAGCAAAUACUCUGGAUGAUUCAGAGACCUUACUCACCUCCAGGUUUUUCCCUGAAUUGUGGUGGGUUAUUUUUAAACUUUAGCUGUCUGAAAAUGGCCGUAAUUUUUCUGUUUUUAACCUAAAAGGAUGUUAUUCAGAAUAAAUGGACAUAGCCUUUUUGAGCAAAUUAAGAAAAUGGGCAACCAAGUGAAUCAGUCAUUUAGGUGAGAUAUAAUUGGCUUCCUUACAUAAUUACAAACUUCCUUACAAAAUUACAAGAUUUGCCUUGUAUUGGUAACAUCCGGAGAAGCUCUCCCACUAAGAGGAUCCACUGGUUGGAAUCGUCUUAGCUGGAAGAAGCCAACUUCGAUAAUUAAUUGGUGAACAGAGAUACUGGUUGCCAAAUGCUCACCAGGGAUCAGUGGUGUGAAGCCGGCUGUAGACUCUUCUGCUGUCGUGGUGGAAACUAAGUUCCCAGGGCCCCAGUGAUGCGGUGUUGCUCUGUGUUACUUUGGGCUGUGGCCUAGGAAUCUGCAUUUUAAAAAACCGCCCUGCUAGUUCUGAUGCAUAGCCAGGUUUGGUAACCACUGGGUUCUGUGUAUAAGUUGGAAACUUCAGCCUUUUCACCCUGUGUGUUUGAUAAAUCUAUAUGAAGAUAUGAAGCUUUUCUUAUGUGAAGCUUUGGUUGGAAAAGAAUGCCUACUGGUUAUUGCUGACUUUUUUCAAUUCAUAAUUUGUUUUAGGUUCUGUUAUUGCAUAGAUUUGCAUACCUAUUUUGUAGUAUUCUAAUACUGUUGGUUUAAAAAAAAAUUGCCAUUUCCUCUGAGUGCUAUUUUGAAUAUUUUAUGUAAGCAAUUUCAUGGGUUUUUUUUUUUCCUCCUUGCAGAAAGCAGGGGAAAACUUCAGGGUUUUUCUAAUCCAGUUGCAAGUAGGACAAAGGAUAUAAUAUAAAUCCUAAAAGACCUUCUUGGGCAAGACUAUAUGAAAUAUUGAAAAUCUUUUAAGUUAUAACAUUAUGAACUUUAGCACUCCUUUUAAAUAUAUCCGAUGAUCUGAAUGCUUAAGACUUUUGCCAUAUCGUAUAUCUGAGACAUUUUAAAACAAAGGGUGGUGGGUCUAUUGAGGGAUUAUACUGUUGGGUUUUAAAAUUUAAAAUUGACUUGUUGUCUAUUAAAAUGGCUAAAAAGCAGUAGAAAAUCUCCUCUACACACUAACAGUUGUGCUUGUGUCUGCUCUUGCAGUGAGGGGGCUCGGGUUGCAACAUACUGGCUGUGGGGGGGCGGGGGGGGAUGUUUUUCUAGCUUCAUUCACUGAAGGUGUGCAAGAUCUCUUCUUACAGGUUUGAAGCCUCAAGCUUCCGAGAGGACUCCCUGCCUGCCUCGGAGCUGUCUCCUGUCGCCGAAUAGACAGUCCGGUGAUCCAGGACAUGCCCCAGCUCUGGUGAUGCAGAUUGCCUUUCUGCUCCUGGAACCUCAUCUGUGCCUCAGACUUUCUCCUCUCAGCCUGAGCCUGCGUGGAAACUGGGAUGUGGGAAGCAGGAAGCAGAGCUAGUGGUAACUGAGAGGCCCAUGUCUGGGUAGAACCAGGCCCAGGACCACGAGGCUGCCUCCCCCCUGGCCUGGAUUCAGCUGCUGUGGCUCUGCUGAUGUGCUCAGCACCAUCCUUCUAUUUGUACUUAAAUGGCACAGCAUUUGGUCAGCGUAUCUGAAAAGGAAGGUGUGAGAGACAAAGCCCAUGGCCACCUACCCCUGCCAAUUAUGUGGCAAGACGUUCCUCACCCUGGAGAAGUUCACUAUCCACAAUUAUUCCCACUCCAGGGAGCGACCUUACAAGUGCUUGCAGCCAGACUGUGGCAAAGCCUUCAUUUCCAGAUAUAAAUUAAUGAGGCACAUGGCUACCCAUUCACCCCAGAAAUCUCACCAGUGCGCUCAUUGUGAGAAGACUUUCAACCGGAAAGACCACCUGAAAAACCACCUCCAAACCCACGACCCCAACAAAAUGGCCUUUGGGUGUGAGGAGUGUGGGAAGAAGUACAACACCAUGCUGGGCUACAAGAGGCACCUGGCCCUCCACGCGGCCAGCAGCGGCGACCUCACCUGCGGGGUCUGCGCCCUGGAGCUAGGGAGCACAGAGGUGCUGCUGGACCACCUCAAAGCCCACGCGGAAGAAAAGCCCCCUAGUGGAACCAAGGAAAAGAAGCACCAGUGCGACCACUGCGAGAGAUGCUUCUACACCCGGAAAGACGUGCGGCGCCACCUGGUGGUCCACACAGGCUGCAAGGACUUCCUGUGUCAGUUUUGUGCCCAGAGAUUUGGGCGCAAAGACCACCUCACGCGACAUACCAAGAAGACGCACUCACAGGAGCUGAUGAAAGAGAGUUUGCAGUCUGGAGACCUUCUGAGCACCUUCCACUCCAUCUCUCCUCAGUUUCAACUGAAGGCUGCCCCACUGUCUCCUUUCCCUUUAGGAGCUCCUGCACAGAAUGGGCUUGCAAGUAGCUUGCCAGCUGAGGUACACAGCCACACCCACAACCCCUCGGAGCAAACCUCCCAGCCUGUACAAGCGCUGCCAGAGCUCCUGGCCCCCCUCCACCCCGUAGCACCCCCCACCUCUCCCCCCCAACCCCUCCAGAAUCACAAGUACAACACCAGUUCUACCUCAUACUCCCCACUUGCAAGCCUGCCCCUCAAAGCAGAUACUAAAGGAUUUUGCAAUACCAAUUUGCUUGAGGACUUGCCUCUGCAAGAGCCUCAGUCACCUCACAAGCUCAACCCAGGUUUCGAUCUGGCUAAGGGAGGUGCUGGUAAAGUAAACCUGCCCAAGGAGCUACCUGCAGACGCUGUGAACCUAACAAUACCUGCCUCUUUGGACCUCUCUCCCCUGUUGGGCUUCUGGCAGCUGCCCCCUCCUGCUACCCAGAAUGCUUUUGGGAAUAGCACUCUCACCCUGGGGCCUGGGGAAUCUCUGCCCCAUAGGUUAAGCUGUCUGGGGCAGCAGCAACAAGAUCCCUCACUAGCCAUGAGCACUAUGAGCCUGGGCCAGCUCCCCCUCCCUCCCAUCCCCCACGUUUUCCCAGCUGGCACUGGUUCGGCUAUCCUGCCUCAUUUCCACCAUGCGUUCAGAUGACUGGUUUUUAAAGCAUACUUUUCUUAGUCUGGAAGGUGUUUUAAAAAGCAUUUGAAACAUCAGUUAUGAUACAAGGAAAGAUUUGGAAAGCAGGACUGGAAUAUAGCAUAUUCAGUGAUGACUGGCUUGAGAGAAGAGAGUUCUCGAACUGCAUGUAUUGUGCCAAUCUGUCCUGAGUGUUCAUGCUUUGUACCAAAUUUAAUAAGCAAGUAUUCUUUAAUGGAACUACAACUAUUGUCAUAACCGACAUCCAUACGAGGGCUGCUAUAUAUAGGUGUUUGUCAAAUUGAAUUUAAUCGUAAGCCAUGAUCAUAAUAAUGUUAACUAAGUAACUUUAUGUGGCACUGCCUAGUAAGGGAACUAUGGAAAGGUUUGGAUCUCUCCAAAAUGGGAGGAUUUUUAAAAUAUGAAAAUAACCUUUAUAUUGCAUAUUAUUACUAGGCUGUGUAUUUCUUUUCAGGGAUUUUUCUACCUUCAGGGUUGGAUGUAGUUUAGUUACUAUUGCCAUAGCCAACCUGUAGUUUUACAGAAACAAUUUCUUGUGGAAUAAUAGACGUCUCCAUUUUAAAAAAGCAUUUUAAAUGUAGUUUGAAUAUUUUCCACAGGAUGCUACAAUGUGAGUUAUCACUUCAUUUAUCUUAAAGACUAAACUGAUUGUCAGUUACAUCUGACAGAAAAAAAAAAAAAAAAUCACUGUGUAACCAGGUUAAGUGGUAAAAUAAUCCAGGCGUCAGUCAAAAAAGCAUUUUGCUGACUUUAAUACUGAUUAUAUUUUUAACAGGAAUUUAAAAAAUAUUACUGGAAUUUUAAAAUAUAUAUAUAUAUAUAUAAAACAAUUUCCUUUGCUCUGUCUGGCUUAAAAUACUACUCUGCUUAAAUAUUUUUAAUCACCAAUAAUAAGUAAAUGCAUUUUAAAAUUCAUCAUUUAAGUCAAUAUUAGUUUUAUUCAAAAAAGGUAACGUUUUACAAUGUAACUGUAUCUCUUGAAUUUGGUAUCUAAUGCGUUUUUAAAAUAUAAAACCUAACCUUUUUUAAAGCUCCUUUGUCUUUUGUGUUUAGAGGCUUUCUAUAUGAAGAUAUAUCUUACAUAUAAUAAACUCUACAAAUUCUG